AGCCUCAGUGGCGGGGGCGGCCGCGGCAGCGUCGCGGCGCGGCGCGGCGCGCGCCCGCUUGCGAGCGCGCGCGGCGGCAGCGGCCGCAGGAUGCUGCGGGCGUGGCUGUCCCCAAGUCGCCCGAGCGGCGAGGCGCCUGGGUGCGAGGCCUCUGGUUCGCAUCCCGACAGCGACGGCGAGCAAAGGACGCCUCCCGCCGCGCUGGGGCGGGGCGCGGAGGCGCCCGAGGCGGCCCGCAGUGCGGACGCCCCCGUGGCGAAGGCGGCCGCGGAGGCUGCAGGCGACGGGGCGUCGCAGCAGCUUGCCGCGUCCCAGCGGCACGUGGUCGGAUCCCCCCGGUACGCGGCGUCGCCCCGGCAGAUGCGCCGGGAGCCGACGGUGACGACGCUGCCGCUCCAGCCAGCCCAGCAGCUGCAGCUGCAGGCGCAGGUCCCUGUGGUGCAGGUCCAGCGCUACCCGCCGCUGCAGGCCGUGCAGACGCAGCAGCCGCCGCAGCAGCAGCUGGCGCAGGCGCUGCAGGCCGAGCGCGCGCAGUCGGCCCAGCUGGAGGAGGA